CAGAUUCGAGCCCAAUGAGCUGGGCGUCGGCCGUGACUUCCAAAUAGGGUAUUGAGGCUCAUUCCUAUUCGUAGCCUGAAGUCUUCGUUUGAUGUCACGAUUAUAAUCAACCCAUGACGAUGAUCAACAGGAUAUCACCUCCUUUAGUAUGCAUCCUGAGGUUAUACUGGCUCAUCUUAAGAACUACGAGCUUGCUAAAUCUCUUUGCUACGUAGACUAAGUUCUCCCAACGCUAUAUCCCAGCACUUAGAACCUGGUAGGCUUGCUAAGUCUUCCUGAGCUCUAGAACGACGUUCAUGAAACAAGAAAAUAGGACGUUGCGGAGAUUAGCUCACUCCUAUUUCAUCAUAGGAUCGGCAACUGACGAGUCGUUAGAUAAACAUACGGACAAGAGUUUAUGGGAAUAGAAGAAAGCACGAGUGAUCUCAGGUAGGAGUAUAAAGUCUUGAUCUUCCUCCCUCGUCUCGGACCCGACUAUCAUCUGGACUAUCAGACAAAGACCCUCAUAUACCAACAUCCACAAAGCCUCUCUCAAGACUUAACGACUCUCGCUACCCAGCCUCUCGCUCCAUUCUCUCGCUUCCAUUGCUCGACUUGAGUCAAACCACAUCAAAGCCAAACUCAAACAAACAAGAUGCAGUUCUCCAUCGCAGCCCUAGCCACCAUCUUCGCCGGCCUUGCCGUAGCCGCGCCCGCCGUCGAGGAGCGCCAGACAUACACCCCCUGCUCUGGCCUGUACGGCACGGCCCAGUGUUGCGCGACUGACGUCCUUGGUGUCGCGGACCUGGACUGCGCCAACCCUCCUGCUGUCCCCACCGACGCCUCUAACUUCUCCUCUGAGUGCGCUGCUAUCGGCCAGCGCGCACGAUGCUGCGUCUUGCCUAUCCUGGAACAAGGUGUCUUGUGCCAAACCCCUGUUGGUGUUACCGAUUAAAACCCCGUCUUCCUUUUGAGAAGCCCCUAUUCAGGCUUGGAGUAGAGGGUUUGGGUUCAAAAGAGAUACGGAUCUCCUAGGAUACACGGCUACGGGAAGUUGGAAUUUACAUUCGGAACUUAUAUACAUUGAUUCAGACUGCUAGGUCUUGGGACGGGUGCAAUGCUUAUGGUAUAAUAUGUUACGAGACGUGACGGAUUCAAGGGGUUCGUAAAAUUCAUGGAUGUGGCGGGCGUGUAUAGACUAGCCUUUAUAUCAAAGUAACGAUUUACGUUUAUUCAAGA